AUGGACCAGGACAGGGUGAACAGUAUACACCAGGACAGGGUGAACAGUAUGGACCAGGACAGGGUGAACAGUAUGGAGCAGGACAGGCUGAACAAUAAGGACCAGGACAGGGUGAACAAUAUAGACCAGGACAGAGUGAACAGUAUGAACCAGGACAGGUUGAACAGUUUGGACCACGACAGGGUGAACAUUCGGGACCAAGACAGGGUGAACAGUAUGGACCAGGACUGGGUGAACAGUAUGGAUCAGGAGAAGGUGGACAGUAUACACCAGGACAGCUUGAACAGUAUGGAUCAGGGCAUGGUGAACAGUAUGGACAAGAACAGGGUGAACAGUAUGGACCAGGACAGGGUGAACGGUAUGGACCAGGACAGGGUCAACAGUAUGGACCAGGAUAGGGUGAAUGGUAUGGACCAGCACAGGGUGAACAGUAUACACCAGGACAGCGUGAACAGUAUGUACCAGGACAGUGUGGACACUAUACACCAGGACAGGUUGAACAUUAUUGACCAGGACAGGGUGAACAGUAUGGACCAGGACAGGGUGAACAGUAUGGACCAGGAAUGUGAGAACAGUAUGGACCAGGACAAGGGGAACAUUAUGGACCAGGAAAGGGUGAACAGUAUGGACCAGGACAGGGUGAACAGUAUAGACCAGGACAUUGUGAACAGUAUGGACCAGGACAGGGUGAACCGUAUGGAACAGGACAGGGGUGAACAGUAUGGACCAGGACAGGGUGAACAGUAUACACCAGGACAGGGUGAACAGUAUGGACCAGGACAGGGUGUGCAGUAUGGACUAGGACAGGAUGAACUGUAUGGUCCAGGGAAGGGUGAACAGUAUGUGCGAGGACAGGGUGCACAGAAUGGACCAGAACAGGGUGAACAGUAUGUACGAGGAUGGGGUGAACGGUAUGGACCAGGACAGGGUGAACAGUAUGGACCAGGACAGGGUGAACAGUAUGGACCACGACAGGGUGAAGAGUAUGGACCACGACAGGGUGAACAGUAUACACCAGGACAGCGUGAGCAGUAUGUACUAGGACAGUGUGAACAGUAUACACCAAGACAGGGUGAACAGUAUGGACCAGGACAGGCUGAACAGUUUAAACCAGGAAAGGGUGAACAGAUUGGACCAGGACAGGGUGAACAGUAUGGACCAGGACAAGGUGAACAGUAUGGACACGGACAGGGUGAACAGUAUACACCAGGACAGCGUGAACAGUAUGUACCAGGACAGUGUGAACACUAUACACCAGGACAGGGACAGGGUGAACAGUAUGGACCAGUACAGGGUGAACAGAACACACCAGGACAGGGUGAACAGUAUUCACCCAUACAGGGUGAAAAGUAUGGACCAGGACAGGGUGAACAGUGUCGACCAGGACAGUGUGAACAGUAUGGACCAGGACAGGGUGAACAGUAUGGACCAGGACUGGGUGUACCGUAUGGACCAGGACAGGGUGUACAGAAUGUAAGAGGACAGUGUGAACUGUAUGGACCAGGACAGGGUGAACAGUAUGGACCAGGACAGGAAGAACAGUAUGCACGAAGACAGGGACAGGGUGAAAAGUAUGGACGAAGACAGGGUGAACAGUAUACACCAAGACAGGGUGAACAGUAUGGACCAGGAGAGGGUGUACAGUAUGGACCAGGACAGGGUGUACAGUAUGGACCAGGACAGGGUGAACAGUAUGUGCGAGGACACUGUGAACAGUAUGGACCAGGACAGGUUGAUCAGUAUGGACUAGGACAGGGUGAACAGUAUACACCAGGACAGCGUGAGCAGUAUGUACCAGAACAGUGUGAACAGUAUACACCAGGACAGGGUGAACAGCAUGGACCAGGACAGACUGAACAGUUUACACCAGGAAAGGGUGAACAGAUUGGACCAGGACAGGGUGAACAGUAUGGAUCAGGACAAGGUGAACAGCAUGGACCAGGACAGGGUGAACUGUAUACACCAGGACAGGAUGAACAGUAUGGACCAGGACAGGGUGAACAGUAUGGAGCAGGACAGGUUGAACAUUAA